UUGGUCGGGGAGGGGGAGUGGAGGCACGGAGUUUCCCACAAUGCCCCGGUGCGGUGCAGCCGCGGAUGGAUGCUGCGGGAAGGGGCUGCCAUUUGCUGCCCCUGCCAGCAGCGCGCGGACCUGCCCGCGCUUCUGCAGUCGCCGCCGCCGCCAGCGCAGUCAGCCGGCCCGGCCUCUGCAGCGGCGCCGCCUCGGCUCCCUACGCGGCCGCCGGAGCGGUCGCCAUGAACCCCAGCUCCUCGGCGGGAGAGGAGAAGGGGGCGACGGGCGGUAGCAGCAGCAGCGGAAGCGGCGCCGGGAGCUGCUGCCUGGGCGCCGAGGGCGGCGCGGACCCGUGGGGCGCAGGGGCAGCGGCGGCAGCGGGAGCCGCUGCCCUGGAAGAGCCCGGGGCCGCCGGCCAGAAGGAGAAGGACGAGGCGCUGGAGGAGAAACUGAGGAACUUAACUUUCCGGAAGCAGGUCUCUUACAGGAAAGCAAUCUCCCGGGCGGGCCUCCAGCAUCUGGCUCCUGCACACCCGCUCAGCCUUCCCGUGGCAAAUGGUCCAGCGAAGGAGCCCAGAGCGACUCUGGACUGGAGUGAGAAUGCUGUGAAUGGAGAACACCUGUGGCUGGAGACCAACGUCUCAGGAGACCUCUGCUACCUGGGAGAGGAGAACUGCCAAGUCAGAUUUGCAAAAUCCGCUCUCAGGAGGAAGUGUGCCGUCUGUAAAAUCGUGGUCCACACUGCCUGCAUUGAGCAGCUAGAAAAGAUUAAUUUCAGAUGUAAACCUACCUUUAGAGAAGGAGGCUCAAGAUCACCAAGAGAAAAUUUUGUGCGUCAUCACUGGGUGCACAGGCGCAGGCAGGAGGGAAAAUGUAAGCAGUGUGGUAAGGGUUUCCAGCAAAAGUUCUCUUUCCACAGUAAAGAGAUUGUGGCUAUCAGCUGUUCCUGGUGCAAGCAGGCGUUCCACAAUAAGGUGACCUGCUUCAUGCUGCAUCACAUUGAAGAACCCUGCUCCCUGGGGGCUCACGCUGCUGUGAUUGUCCCACCCACCUGGAUCAUUAAGGUGAAGAAACCUCAGGUGAUCUCCAUACCAGGAGAUGAACUUGAACUUGGUUGGGCGGGAGACGGACCUGGUUGGGCGGGAGACUGGAGCCCCUCAGAGAAUUUGGGAUUCUUCCAUUUUUACUGGGAGGGUUGGCAGAACUCCCUGAAGGCUUCAAAUCGGAAGAAGAAGAGAACAAGCUUUAAAAGAAAAGUUAGUAAAAGAGGAACGGAACAGGAAAACAAAGGUCGUCCUUUUAUGAUAAAACCUAUCUCUUCUCCUCUCAUGAAACCCCUGCUUGUAUUUGUGAACCCCAAGAGUGGAGGCAACCAGGGAACCAAAGUCCUGCAGAUGUUCAUGUGGUACCUGAAUCCCCGGCAAGUCUUUGAUCUUUCUCAGGAAGGGCCAAAAGAUGCGCUUGAGUUAUAUAGAAAAGUACCAAAUCUGCGAAUUCUUGCCUGUGGUGGGGAUGGAACGGUGGGCUGGAUCCUUUCUAUCCUGGAUGAACUGCAGCUGAACCCUCAGCCUCCUGUGGGCGUCCUUCCUUUGGGGACUGGGAAUGACCUGGCUCGAACUCUCAACUGGGGAGGGGGCUACACAGAUGAACCUGUUUCUAAGAUCCUUUGCCAAGUAGAAGAUGGGACAAUUGUACAGCUAGAUCGCUGGAACCUCCAUGUGGAAAGAAACCCAGAUUUGCCUCCAGAAGAACUUGAAGAUGGUGUAUGUAAGCUCCCUCUGAAUGUUUUCAAUAAUUAUUUCAGCCUUGGAUUUGAUGCUCAUGUCACGCUGGAGUUCCAUGAAUCCAGAGAAGCAAAUCCAGAGAAAUUCAACAGUCGUUUUCGAAAUAAAAUGUUCUAUGCAGGGGCAGCUUUUUCUGAUUUCCUUCAGAGAAGUUCUAGAGACCUAUCCAAACAUGUUAAAGUUGUUUGCGAUGGAACAGAUCUCACCCCAAAGAUUCAGGAACUGAAGUUUCAGUGUAUAGUAUUUUUAAAUAUACCUAGAUAUUGUGCUGGCACAAUGCCCUGGGGAAACCCAGGAGAUCACCAUGACUUUGAACCUCAGCGUCAUGAUGAUGGGUAUAUUGAAGUUAUUGGAUUCACCAUGGCCUCUUUGGCUGCUCUCCAAGUUGGGGGUCAUGGAGAAAGGCUACACCAGUGUCGAGAAGUCAUGCUUCUGACUUACAAAUCCAUCCCUAUGCAAGUGGAUGGGGAGCCCUGUAGGUUGGCCCCAGCUAUGAUUCGCAUCUCCCUGAGGAAUCAGGCCAACAUGGUACAGAAGAGCAAGAGGAGAACGUCCAUGCCUUUACUCAACGAUCCCCAGUCUGUCCCAGAUCGCCUGAGGAUCCGGGUGAACAAAAUCAGUUUACAAGACUAUGAAGGAUUCCACUAUGACAAAGAGAAGCUCCGGGAGGCUUCCAUACCUCUGGGUAUUCUAGUUGUGCGUGGAGACUGUGAUUUGGAGACUUGCCGUAUGUACAUAGACCGCCUACAGGAGGACCUGCAGUCAGUUUCUUCUGGCUCCCAGAGAGUUCAUUACCAGAAACCGAUAAUAUCAGAAGAGCUAGUUGGUCCCAGUAGAGACUGGAGUGUUGUUGGAUUAAAAACUGACCGUGAAACCUCCUUCCCAAGGGCUCUGUCAGCUCAGAGGCUCUCCCCUCGCUGGUGCUUUCUAGACGCAACUUCUGCUGAUCGCUUUUAUCGCAUAGAUAGAUCUCAGGAACAUUUGCACUUCGUGAUGGAAAUUUCCCAAGAUGAGAUUUUUAUUCUGGACCCCGAUAUGGUGGUGUCACAGCCGGCAGGGACACCCCCGGGAAUGCCCGACCUGGUAGUGGAGCAAGCCUCUGGGAUGUCGGACUGGUGGAAUCCUGCCCUGAGGAGACGCAUGCUGAGUGACAGCGGGCUGGGAAUGGUGACUCCCUACUAUGAGGACUCAGACAUGAAGGACCUCAGCCACUCCCGCGUGCUACAGUCACCAGUUUCUUCAGAAGAUCAUGCAAUUUUGCAGGCAGUAAUAGCUGGUGAUCUUAUGAAGCUAAUAGAAAGCUAUAAAAAUGGAGGCAGUCUGCUAAUUCAGGGACCAGAUCACUGUUCACUCCUUCACUACGCAGCUAAAACCGGCAAUGGGGAGAUUGUGAAAUAUAUCCUUGACCACGGACCUUCCGAGUUAUUGGAUAUGGCAGACAGUGAAACGGGGGAGACUGCACUGCACAAGGCCGCCUGCCAGCGGAACCGGGCUGUGUGCCAGCUUCUGGUGGACGCGGGAGCAUCUCUGAGAAAGACGGACUCUAAGGGUAAGACACCUCAAGACAGAGCACAGCAAGCUGGGGACCCAGAUUUGGCUGCUUAUCUAGAAAGCCGUCAGAACUAUAAGAUCAUUGGCCAUGAGGACCUGGAAACUGCUGUUUGACCCUGGUAGACAGACAGAGAGAAUGUGAGCAAGCGUAUCACCUAAGCCCUCCCGGCGAUCGGGCAGCUCCCCUGGAAGAAGCUGAUGGAAUCCAUAUAUCUGUCUCUCUCCUGCAAGAAUCUAUCUGAGACUGUGCCACCAGUUUUUAAGGGCUACCAUGAUGUUCAACAGAACAUGACAGCCCAUUGAGAAAGAGGCAGAAUACCUGGAGAUUUGUGGAAUACAGUAGGAGUUCCACAAAGUUCGAUCCUUAUUGCUUCCAGCAAGUAGCAUGAACUUCUGUGUUCACCUGUAUAAUUUAUUUUAAAGAUUUAAAGGAUGUUCGUAUUAAUGGCACUGCUCCCUUCUCCCCCCAUGCGUUCAUUUUUCUCUUGUACCACACAAUUCUACUGUAACCCAUCAACUUAAAAAAUAUAUUAUUUCUUCUCUUUAUAAUCUUCUGGUCUCUCUGAAGACCAGAAGAUUAUCUGAAGGUCUUCUAAAUCCCCCCUGGAGGUCCUGCAGAAAUCUAACUGUAAAACCAUUUCCAUCUCCAAGACGAAAAAUAUCAAGACCAUGUAGUGACUCUUUGCAUGUCUCCACCCCCACCCUCCAUUUCAUUAUACAGGAGCUGGGAAGUGCCACAUGGAUAAUGUCAACUUGUGUGUUGUGUCUCUGAGGUAUGAUGAGGUGGCAGGGGAGUUGUCCGUGCGUGGAGGUACCUCAGAGAGGUCCCCCAGGGGUUGGCCCGGGCUGCUGGGCUGUGGUCCACAGCCUUGCAGGACUGGUUCAGCUUGGGCUGUCUGAACAGCUCCGUACUGCCUACGUGUGGCCAUCUUUGCCUUUUGCUGCAGAAGAGAUGAGCACAGGAUUGCGCAGAGGCCCGCGGCUAGUUCUCAGAACCACUCAAUUUUAAGUGCUGUUUAAAUUGCAGAGCAGAAAAUCGUAUGUGGGAAUUGUGGUUACAGGAAACAGAGCACUCUAAUGUUUACUUUUAAACUUCUUUCAGUGAUAAUAGAAAGCAGCCUAAUUGAGUUGAAAAAAAAAAUAGCAAGAGCAAAAUAGCAACAUAUGUCAGCAUAUGUCACUUAACACAAGAAGACAGUGGUUGGAAUAUUGCACAGAGGCUAAUAACUUUAGACUCUUGGAUACAGUAGUGAGAGGGGUCUUAAUUUUGUCUUCUAGAGGUUUGGUUUUCAUUACUCCAAGUGAGCUUUGACCCAGGGACAGAGCCUUGUUGAAUAAGUUUCACUGCCAGAAUUCUGGGAUCUUUGGAUCUUUCUGACGGAGGCUUUGCCCGUUAUUUGUCAGGUUCCAGGGUCUUACCUGAUAAUCUGAUUUUUCAUGUGUGAAGUAGUCUAAUAUAUUGUUUGCCUUACUUUAUAUUCCCCUAUCAAAAAGUUCUUAGUACAAACCACUGUGGGAAUCUAGCCAGAAAUAUCUGUCUGCUCCUGGAAUUGCAACAUUUAGUUCUGCCACAGACUAGAUGGUACUUACUGGUAACUACCUUAGGGACUCUGUGAUAACCAAAAUAUCAGAAGACAAAAGUCUUCUAAUUUUUUUGUUCAAAUAUCUGUUUGACUUGAGUAUAAGCAAAAAAUAAAAGUGGGUGUCUAAGGG